UCUUCUACGCUCGUUUUCCAUUCCGAACAAGUUUCCCGGAUAUCUCUGAGCUUCCAUUUCCCACAAUUUCUCCAUCCAAUUUCGAUUUUUCUUCAUGGAUCCUCAGCACCAGCUUCGAGAUCACACCUUAGAUCCUGACCCCCAACUUCCCUCCAUCAAAAUUCACCAUCCGGCUUCCCCUCGCCACCCAUCCGCCACCACCCCCGCCGNAGGCGUUGCCGUUGACCUUUCCGAAGAGAGCGCUUAUGCUGUCCGCUGGGCUGUUCAACACUACCUUCGCCCUGGUGAUGCUGUUAUUCUUCUCCAUGUUAGCCCUACCUCCGUACUCUUCGGCGCCGAUUGGGGGGCCAUUGAUAUUUCUCUGAAGACUGCUGGUGAUAAUUCAGAUGAUGAGGAUGCGGGCGAUGCUGAUAAUAAUCAAAAUCAGAAUCGCAGCGAGCGGUCGAAACGUAAAAUGGAGGACGAUUUUGAUGCUUUCACUGCCUCGAAAGCUGCCGAUCUAGCUAAACCUAUAAAAGAUGCUCAGAUUCCGUACAAGAUUCACAUAGUGAAGGAUCAUGACAUGAGAGAGAGGCUGUGUUUGGAAGUGGAGAGAUUAGGGCUCAAUGCCCUAAUCAUGGGCAGUCGGGGCUUUGGUGCAGCAAGGCGCGGUAAAGACGGCGGACUUGGUAGUGUCAGUGAUUAUUGCGUCCAUCAUUGUGUGUGUCCUGUGGUGGUGGUACGGUUUCCAGAUGAGAAGGAGAGCGGUACUAUCGGCGGCGCUAUGGUGGCGCUGAAGGAAGAGGACGAGGCCGGGAUGAAGUCUGCAUCUGCGGAACCGGUGGAAUCUUAAGGUUAGAAAUCUCUGUUUUUCGAGAUUGCUUCUCGUAUUGUAAUGGGUUUCCUUGGUUUGUUUUUUUGAAGCCAGAAGCGAUUCUAAGUCUAGUUGUCGUCUAGUUUUCCAUUGGAACAAAGUUGAACAUACGGUCUAUCAGAAUGUUGCAAAUUUGCUAAGUAUUUCCCCACUUUCAUGUUUGUUUAGUAGAGCAUGGCUAUGGUGAACUUGUUUCUGUUCUUGCUUUCAAUAACUUAAUGUAAUUAUGUUAUAUGUAAUUGAAGACAUAGCAUCUUGUGUGUUGAUUUUGUA